AUGGAUGUGACAUUAGAAAUAAUGAGUAACAGACAGAUUUUAAUUGGUCUGUCUUUGAGUGCACAGUAUCAAAAAUUAAUUUGUAUAGCCGUCUUGGUACUUUUGGUCUCUCUUAAGAUUUUGUAUAAAUUUCCAACUUUUCCAUUGGGAGAAGGGUUCCUCGAUUUCUUCAUUAACGUCAAAAAGGAAAAAAAACGAAUGACGGUAGUUCCACUAAGAACCGAAAGUCCUAACUGGCAUGCCUUUUCUACAAGUGUGUUGUCCGACAUUUCAAUUGUCUCAUUCACUCUUGCGCUAAUUUUGAAUUUGAGCUUGGUCAGAAAUAUUAGAUUUAAGUCUCAACGAGACUUUAAAAAAAAAUUUGCUGUCCCUGAGAGACCCGUUGUUCGUUCACUUAAGAAAGCUGAGGACAGCUUGCAAAGUGGAAGAUUAUGA